AUGUUCAAGGGGCUGAGCAAAGGCUCCCAGGGGAAGGGGUCCCCCAAAGGCUCCCCGGCCAAGGGCUCCCUGGCCAAGGGCUCCCCCAAGGGCUCCCCCAGCAAGCACAGCCGAGCCGCCACCCAGGAACUGGCUCUGCUCAUCUCUCGAAUGCAAGCCAAUGCUGACCAGGUGGAGAGGGAUAUCCUAGAGACCCAGAAGAGACUGCAGCAGGACCGACAGAACAGCGACUGCAGCCAACCUCUGCAGUACCAGCAGGAGACGGGCCGAAACCUGAAGGAAGCUGAGAUGCUGCUCAAGGACCUCUUUCUGGAUGUGGACAAGGCCCGGAGGUUCAAGCACCCACAGGCGGAAGAAAUUGAGAAAGACAUCAAGCAGCUGCAUGAACGUGUGACCCAGGAAUGCUCCGAGUACCGCGCCCUGUAUGAGAAGAUGGUGCUGCCGCCGGACAUGGGGCCCAGGGUGGACUGGGCAUAUGUCCUGGAGCAGAAACAGAAACAAGUGGGUGAGGGCCAGUAUGGGCCAGGCAUGGCAGAGCUGGAGCGGCAGGUGGCUGAACACAACAUCCUGCAGAAAGAGAUCGAGGCGUAUGGGCAGCAGCUACGGAACCUUGUGGGGCCGGAUGCAAAUACCAUCAGGAACCAGUACCAGGACCUGCUGAAGGCGGCCUCGUGGCGUGGCCAGAGCCUCGGCAGUCUCUACACGCACCUGCAGGGCUGCACGCGGCAGCUGAGCGCCCUGGCGGAGCAACAGCGGCGCAUUCUGCAGCAGGACUGGAGCGACCUCAUGGAAGACCCCGUGGGCGUGCGGCGGGAGUACGAGCACUUCAAGCAGCACGAACUGCUGAGCCAGGAGCAAAGCGUGAACCAGCUGGAGGACGACGGAGAGCGGAUGAUGGAGCUCCGGCACCCGGCCACCCGGACCAUCCAGGUGCACCAGGAAGCCCUGAAGAUGGAGUGGCAGAACUUUCUAAACUUGUGCAUCUGCCAGGAGAGUCAACUGCAGCACGUGGAGGCCUAUUCCCGGUUUCAGGAAGAGGCUGGUUCCGUCAGCCAGACCCUGGCAAAGCUCAAUUCCAGCCUGGAAACCAAGAACAGCCCUGCUCCAGGGGUUCCACCUGGUGCCUGCACAGAGCUACUCCGACAGCUGGAGGUGGAAGAGAAGCAGCUGGCAAUGGCUGAGAGGACUGUGAGGGACCUGCAGCAGAGAAGCCAGGAGGUGGUCCCACUGCCCCUCCGCAGAAGUCCGCCCCAACAGCCCCUGCAUGUUGACAGCAUCUGUGAUUGGGACUCCGGAGAAGUACAGCUCCUUCGGGGUCAGCGGUACACACUGCUGGACAAUUCUGACCCACACACCUGGGUCGUGCAGAGCCCCGGUGGGGAGACCAAGCACGCCCCAGCCGCUUGCUUCUGCAUCCCAGCGCCGGACCCUGAUGCUGUGGCCAAGGCCUCCAGGCUGGCCUCGGACCUGCAGGCUUUGAAGCAGAAACUGGCCACUGUCCAGAGCAGCCUGAAGACCAGUGUAGCAGAACCCACACGGCCGGACCAACAGGUUCCUACCAGCUUGGCCCCAGCCAACCCACAGGCCCAGAAACUCCUGACUCAGAUGACUCGGUUGGACGGGGACCUGGCGCUGAUGGAGAAGCAGGUGUUGGCCUGGGUCCGGGCCCCACUGAGCCGCACUUCACCCCUAGAGGACCUGGAGGCCCGAGUCUGCAACCACAAGAGCCUGGUCCAGCGCCUGCAGAGUCUGGGAGCUGAGAAGGAGGUCGCCCAGCGGGAGUGUGAGGCCUUCCUGUCAGCACGGCCUGUGGGCCCCGUGGCCCUGCAGCUGCCUGUGGUCCUCAACAAUGUUAAGAACAAAUACAGCGACUUGCAGGUUCUGUGCAGCCUCUAUGAAGACAAAGCCAAGGCCGCCCUGGGUCUGGAGCAGCAGAUCCGAGAUGCAGAAAAGGUUAUCUGUGGCUUCGAGUCCACCCUGACUCAGGAGGCCCCCAUCUCCGAUGGCCCUGAUGCACUGCAGCAGAGGGUCAGCGAACUGCAGCGCCAGCGGAGGGAGCUACUGGAGCAGCAGGCCUGUGUGCUGGGGCUGCACCGAGAACUGAAGGCCACCGAGCACGUGUGCAGCGCGCUACAGAACAACUUCUGUGAGUUCUGCCAAGACCUGCCUCGCCAGCAACGCCAGGUGCGAGCCCUCACUGACCGCUACCACGCCAUAGGGGAUCAGCUGGACCUGCGGGAGAAGAUGGUGCAGGACAUUGGCCUCACCUACCAGCAGUUCAAGAACUGCAGGGACAACCUGAGCUCCUGGCUGGAGCAUCUGCCCCACAAUCAGGUGCGGCCCCAUGACGGGCCCAGCCAGAUGGCUUACAAGCUGCAGGCACAAAAGAGAUUGCUGCAGGAGAUCCGGGGCCGAGAGCGGGACAAGAUCAUGGCAUCCUGCCUCUCCCGGGACCUGCAGGCUGCUCUCCAAGACUAUGAACUGCAGGCAGAUACCUACCGCUGCUCCCUGGAGCCCACCCUGGCAGUACCAGCUCCCAAGAGACCUCGAGUGGCUCCUCUGCAGGAGAGCUUCCAGGUCCAGGAGAAGAACUUGACCAAGGCCUAUACGGAGGCUGCAGCUGCGCAUCAGCAGCAGCUACACCAGCUGGAGUUUGCCAUAAAGAUGCUGGAGAAGAAGGAGCUCAGUGAGGACAUCCAGGUGACCCAUGAUGCAAAGCAGGGCUCUGAGAAUCCAGCGCAAGCAAGGCGGGAGUCCGAGGCACUGAUGUCCCAGCUGGAAGAGGAGAGGAAACAGGUGGCCCAGGUACAGCGUGAGCUGGAAAAACAGAGGGAGCGGCUGCUGCAGCUGAGGACCCAGCGGCCCUUGGAGAGGCUGGAGGAGAAGGAGGUGGUGGAGUUCUAUCGGGACCCUGAACUUGAGAGCAGGCUCUUCAAGGUUAAAUGUCAGGUGGAGGAGGAGGGCAAGAAACGCGCUGGCCUGCAGGCAGACCUGGAGGCGAUGGCCCAGAAGGUGGCGCAGCUGGAGACCAAAAAAAAGUCCAUGCAGCCUCAUCUGCUGACUAAAGAGGUCACCCAAAUUGAGCGGGACCCCAGCCUGGAAAACCAGGCAGCCCAGCUCAACAGCAAGAUUGGGCAGCUCCGGGGGGAGAACACCGCCAUCUCUGCCCGGCUGGAGGAGCUGAAGAAGGAGCUGCUGGCUCUUGAGCAGAAGGAGGUAACUGUGAAGGAGAAGGUGGUGGUGAAAGAAGUGGUCAAGGUGGAGAAGGAUCUGGAAAUGGUCAAGGCAGCCCGGGAUCUAAAGCUGCAAAUUGAAGCGGAUGCAGCACGGAGGAAGUUGGCCCAAGAGACAGGGACCAAGUUACGGGCUCGCAUAGAAGAACUAGAGCGUGCCAUCAGUUCCGUGGAGCCCAAGGUGAUCGUGAAGGAGGUGAAAAAGGUGGAGCAAGACCCCAGACUUCUUAAGGAGUCGUUCAAGCUGAGGAGCCUCCUGGAGGAGGAGAGAAACAAGAACGAGGCAUUGGCCAAGGAGCUGAAGGAGCUGCACAGAAAGUACAGCAAGGUGGAGAAGCAGAAGCCCAAGGUGGAGUUCCGUGAGCAGGUCCGAGAGGUCUUCCAGGUGGACCCCGAGACGGAGCAGGAGAUCGAGAGGCUCCGGGCGCAGCUGCAGGAGACAGCCGGCAAGCGGAGCAGCAUUGAGAAGGAGGUGGAGAAGCUGCUAGCCGAUCUGGCGGUGCUGCGGGCCCAGAAGCCCACGGUGGAAUACAAGGAGGUGACGCAGGAGGUGGUGAGACACGAGAAGAACCCUGAGGUGCUGCGGGAAAUCGACCGGCUGAAGGCCCAGCUAAAUGAACUGGUCAAUAGCAGCGGCCGGUCUCAAGAGCAGCUCAUCCGGCUGCAGGGUGAGCGCGAUGAGUGGAGGCGGGAGCGCUCCAAGGUGGAGACCAAGACGGUGAACAAGGAGGUGGUGCGCCAUGAGAAGGACCCUGUCCUGGAGAAGGAAGCUGAGCGGCUGCGCCAGGAGGUGCGGGAGGCGACCCAGAAGCGGCGGGCUGCAGAGGACGUGCUCUACGAGCUCCAGAACAAGUUUCUGCUGCUGGAGAGGAGGCGACCCGAGGAGAAGGUGGUGGUGCAGGAGGUGGUGGUCACCCAGAAGGACCCGAAACUCCACGAGGAGCACAGCCGGCUGAGCCACAGCCUGGACGAGGAGGUGGGCCGUCGGCGGCAGCUGGAGCGGGAAGUACAGCAGCUGCGCGCUGGUGUGGAAGAGCAGGAGGCCUUGCUCAGCUUCCAGGAGGACCGCAGCAAGAAGUUGGCUGUGGAGAGGGAGCUGCGGCAGCUGAGCUUGAGGAUUCAGGAGCUGGAGUCGCGGCCACCGACUGUGCAGGAAAAGAUCAUCAUGGAGGAGGUGGUCAAGCUGGAGAAGGACCCGGACUUGGAGAAGUCCACAGGCACCCUGCAGCGGGACCUGGACCAGGAGAAGGCCCAGGUAAUGGAGUUGCAUCGGGAGUGUAAGAACCUGCAGGUCCAGAUUGAUGUCCUGCAGACCACCAAGUCCCAAGAGAAGACCAUCUACAAGGAAGUGAUCCGGGUGGAGAAGGACCCGGUGCUGGAGGGCGAGCGGUCACGUGUGUGGGAGCUGCUCAACAGGGAGCGGGCAUCCAGGAAGGACCAGGAGGAGGUGGCAAGACAGCUGCGUGAGCACAUCGACAGGGCCGAGGCACUGGGCAGGACCUGGGCCCGGGAAGAGGCCGAGCUGCACAGGGCCAAGGAGCAGGCGGACCAGGAGCGCCGGCAGUUGCAGCAGCAGCUGCGUGACCUGGAGCUGCAGAAACAACAGCAGGUGCUGCGCCUGCAGGAGGAAUCCCAGGUGCUUAGCAAGAAGACAGAAAGCGAGCGGCAGCGGGCGACCCAGCGUGGCCAGGAGCUCUCACAGCUGGAGGCUGCCAUCCUCCACGAGAAAGACCAGAUCUACGAGAAGGAGCGGGCCCUGAGGCACCUCCACAACAAGGUCAGCCAAGAGGAGCUCAGCCAAGAGACCCAGACUCGCGAGACCAACCUUUCCACCAAGAUCUGCAUCCUGGAGCCCGAGACGGGGAAGGACAUAUCCCCUUACGAGGCCUACAAGCGGGGCAUCAUCGACCGGGGCCAGUACCUCCAGCUACAGGAACUCGAGUGUGACUGGGAGGAGGUCACUACCUCAGGGCCUUGCGGGGAGGAGUCCGUGCUCCUGGACCGCAAGAGUGGGAAGCAGUACUCCAUCGAAGCUGCCCUCCGCUGCCGGCGCAUCUCCAAGGAGGAGUAUCACCUGUACAAGGUCGGCCGGCUGCCCAUCUCUGAGUUCGCGCUGCUCGUGGCGGGUGAGACCAAGCCCUGCUCCUCACUGUCCAUUGGCUCCAUUAUUUCCAAGUCCCCGCUUGCCUCCCCUGCCCCCCAGAGCAUCAGCUUCUCGUCCAGCUUCUCUUUGGGGCUCAGUGAUGACAGCUUCCCUAUCGCCGGGGUCUACGACACGACCACAGAUAACAAGUGCAGCAUCAAGACGGCCGUGGCCAAAAACAUGCUGGACCCCAUCACCGGGCAGAAGCUGCUGGAGGCCCAGGCGGCCACAGGGGGCAUCGUGGACUUGCUCAGCCGGGAGCGUUAUUCGGUGCACAAGGCCGUGGAACGUGGGCUGAUCGAGAACACAUCAAUGCAGAGGCUGCUCAAUGCUCAGAAGGCCUUCACUGGCAUCGAAGACCCAGUCACCAGGAAGAGGUUGUCUGUGGGUGAGGCUGUGCAGAAGGGCUGGAUGCCUCAUGAAAGCGUGCUCCCGCAUCUGCAGGUGCAGCACCUGACCGGAGGGCUCAUCGACCCCAAGCGCACCGGCCGCAUCCCCGUGGCCCAGGCUGUGCUUGCGGGGAUGAUCAGCGAGGAGCUGGCUCAGCUCCUACUGGAUGAGGCCGGUUAUGAGAAGGAUCUCACUGACCCCCUCUCCAAGGAGCGGCUGAGCUACAAGGAGGCCAUGGGGCGUUGCCGCAGAGACCCCCUGAGUGGCCUACUGCUGCUCCCGGCUGCACUGGAGGGGUACCGCUGCUACCGUUCUGCCUCCCCCACACUGCCGCGCUGUCUGCGCUGA